AUGGCAACAAAUAUAUCAACAUCACCAAAAGAAGAUGUUCCAAAAGAAAAAUUUCAUUUAGAUAUUUUAAAUUUUUCACAAACAUCACAAAUUCAAUUUGGUUUAAGAUUACAAGAUUAUAAAAAGUAUAGACAAUAUUGUAGUAAAAGAAUUCAACGUUUAAGAAGUCAAUUAAGAAAACAAUAUGGUAAAAAGAAUUAUGUUAAUAAGAUUGUACUUAAUGGUGGAGAGACAGAAAAACAAAUUAAUGAUGUUAGAUAUUUACAAAUUUCAUUAUUAAAGACUGAAAGGGCAUGGAGUUAUGCAAUGGAUUUGAAAGCACAAUUUGAAAAGGAUAACGAUUCACGUAUUGGUUUUCAUAUGAAUAGAAGAUUUGGUAAAGCAUCAAGAAAUUCAACACAACUCUAUGAACUUUGUAAAUUGGUAGCUGAUCAAUAUACAAUCAUCGAGGCACAUGCUUAUUCCUCUUGGAUGGCAUCAUCAUUGUCAUUGACUAAACAGGAUUUCAAAAAGGCAUUAGAAGAAAUCAACAUUUCAAAAACAAUUUAUGAAAAACUCUCUGAACAAGGUGACCAUUCUCAAAAAGAAUUAUAUCAAAAAAGAAUUGAAGAAACUGAACCAAUCAUUAGAUUUUGUUUAUAUAAUCUUAAAAAUGAAAAGAAUACUUCUAAUAAAGUUUCACAAAAUACAUUAACAAUUAUUGAACAAUCUUUAGAAGAAUUAAAAAAUCAAGAAAAUAAAAAGAAAUCGUCAACUUCUUCAACUACUACCACUACCGCUACAACAACAAUUGAAUGGAAAUCAAAAUCAAUUAAAGUUGAUGAAAAACUUGAUGAAAAAUUAAAAAUAUUUAAUGAAUUUAAAAAAGAGAAUGAAAAUAAAUUACCAAAGAAUAUUAAUGCAUCAAUUGAUACAACAUCAAAUAUUUCACCAAUUUUCAAUAUUUAUGAUAAAUUGGUUUAUAAUUUAAUCAAUUGUGAAACCAUUGUAAAGAAUGAUCUAUCAACAUUGGUUAGAGUAAACUUAAAGAAUAAAUCGGUAAAGAGUGAAAUUGAAGAACAAUCAACUAGAAUACUCUUGGCCUACAUUAUGUAUCAUAAAAUGAAGUAUCUCUAUGAGAGAAAUUCAAUUUUAAUCACAAUGAUGCAAAGAGUAUUGGAUGGUGAAAAGGUGGAUGAAUCUGCAAUUAAAAAGAAAGUUAAGAAAGUAACUUGGAAUGAUUUGGUACGUUUAUCAACUCAUCAAGUUAAAGUCUAUACAAUCAUGAGUGAAAGUAGGGAUACCGAUUCAAAUAAAGAGAUUGCAAGAGACCAAGAUGCUCAGCUAAUCCUAUUGAAAUCUAUUAGACUCUAUUAUAUUGCAGUUUGUUUAGCUAAAUCUUUGAAAUUCUCUGAAACUAUGGCUGUAUUGGAUAGAGUACUUACAAACAUUCAAAAUGUUCGUAAAACCAAUACUAAAAAUCAACAAAUUCUUAAUGAUACAAAUGAAUUGGAAUCAAAUAUAAAGAAACAAAGAUCACAAAUUCAUGCAAACUCUUUCAUUCAACAAUUGUCAGAGAAUCAAGAUUUAAAAAAUCAAAUGUCUUCUUUAUCAAUUGGUGGUAUUACCACUGCCUCUGGCAAAUCAAAUGAUUUAAUCUCUGGUUUAGAUUCAUUCGAUACCUCUUUCUUGACUGAAAAGAAAUUGGUUCAAUUACCACCACAACUUCAACCUGUUCAAGCCAAACCAAUCUUUUUCGAUUUAGCUUUCAAUAGUGUUACUUUCCCAUCAUUAGAUCAAAGAAAGAAAGGUAGUUCAACUGGUACUCCUUCAAAAGGUUUAUUUGGUUUUUGGGGUAGAGGUUAA